AUGGCAGAAGAACGCGGCGAGGAGCAACAAACCGCAGGGCCAGCCGCUCCCUGCGGAGGGGUGGCUGCUCUGCGGGGGCAUGCUGCGAAAGACGUCUCUUUUUUACCCCAGUCCCCUUCCUUCGUGGCAGCUGAAGGCUGCGCCGCAUCGAUGCACUUCAUCAAACGCGGAAAUAUAGCGGCUUUCUUUGCUGCGGCGCAGCAGACAGCCAAAGCAUCAACAUCUACUGCUCCUCCGUUCUUGACCUCCUCCGCUGGCGUGGCGACUUCCGGCAACGUGUCGCACUUGGCAGGAGCAGCUGCAGCAUCACCAGCGCCGCCGCCCCUGUGCCGAAGAGCCUUGUGUGAAACGCACGAAAGGACGGCUGCAGAUGCUGCAUCCGCCACCCCUCAACAUUCUGCUCGAGCAGCUGCAACACCGGCGCUGGGAACGGCUGCAGCAGCAGCUGCUCCAGUAAAGGCACCAGGGGGAGCUGCAGGGGAGUCUCCUUUAAAGGUUCUACGCAGGGCAGUAAGACGCGGAAAACCCUUGUUGCUGCUUCAGUGUGCUGCUUCUAGUGCCUUGGACGCCAUGCAGCGGCAAGAGGUGUCGCCUCGGGAGGCGGCUCAGGUGCUGCAGGUGCUGUCAAGACACCACGAGCUGCUGCCACGACACGUGUGGCGAGAUGCAGCAGCAGCCCUCUUGCCCCUCCUGAAGAAGCAGCGUCAGCUUGUAGAUGCACCGCUGCUGCUUUCCAGCCAAAGUUACCGCAAGCAGCAUGAUCCUGAAAAGCCGAGAGCGCCUUCUCAGCGGCAGCAACAGCUGACACUCGGUGAUAUCGUCACCAUCUUCAAUGCCUUUGCCCGAGUAAACCACAGGCCUUCUCUUCUUCUUCAGGAGGCUCUCCGCCUCAUUUCUCCGCAAGACGCCGCAGAAACGCAGCAGCAGCAGAAAAAAGCAGACUAUAAAAGACACAGCAGACUUGGUCGUGCAGCCUUUGCAGAGCACAGCGCUGGUAGCGUUCCACAGGAGCAACAGGCCCUGCAGCAACACGCUCAAGAGUCUCAAAGGAGGAGAGAAGGCGCUGACACACCUGCAGCAACAACGCCAACGUCGAACCCUCAGGCAGCAGCUUCGGAAAUACCAGCUCCGGUAAAUCUCGUAGGCGCAGAGGGGGAGUGUAGGAGUAUGCUGCAGCCGUCGCCUGCUGCCACGCGCUCUACCGACAGAGACUUGCUGCUGCUGCUGCAUGCUGUAGCGAAGCUGCAGCUAAGUGCUCCUAGUCUGUUGCGGCAGCUGCGGCAGUGGCUGCUGCAGUCCUCCGAACGGCUGCGUCCACUGCAGCUAGCCGUUGCACUGCACGCCCUCGCGGCAGCAAAACAUGCAGAUGCAGAAGUGCUGCGCACAGUGGGAGACGUGUUGCUGCAGCAGACGCAGCAGACUGAAUACAGGCAGCAGCAUGGGCUGCUGCGGCUGCAUGCACUCGACGCAGGUGGAAUCAGUAUGCUCCUGCUCGCACAGCUGCGGAUGAAGACUGCGGACUCACGUCUCUGCAGACCCUUGCUGCAGCAUCUUCUCUCCAAUGAAAGCAGAAAACCUAGCAGAAAAAGAAGCGAAUUGCUCAACACGUCCAGCACCAGAGACUUCGACACAGCGCCGGCAUCUGCAGAGAGUCGCACGCCUUCAACAACCACUAGAAGGAGGGACUAUCAACUUGACGAUCACCAUCAGGACCCCAACACUAACGACGUAUCUUUGCAAUUACAGCAUUUUAGAGGAAAAGAACUUGCAAUCCUUCUGCUGUACUUGUCAAGGUACCAUAGGUUUCAUCCACCAGCAAUGGUGAAGAGCAUUGCAGAAGAAAGCCUGCUCUUGCUGCCCUCCUUAAGGGACAGAGCGCUGCUUCUAUCGGCGCAUGCACUGGCGCUGCUUCUCCCACAGCUGCAACGGCAGCAAAAGGAACAACAAGGGCAGCUGUCAGAGCAGGAAGACAGUGCAGCAGGAGAGCUGCUGCGUCGGCAGCAGGAUCGCGUGGCUUCAAUUGUUGCUGCUCGUUUUGCUGCACGUCCUCCUGGGGGGCACCUGGCCUUCGCGCUGCUUCACGUGCUGCAGCUGCUGCUUGGUGGACUUAGGCAGCAGGAGUUUCCUUCAUGCUGUCUCGAUCUGCUGCAGUCGCUACAGCAGCUGCUUGCCCGUUCUCUGCAGUCGCUGACAGAUGCCCAGCUGGCGCGCACUGCUGCGGCUGCUGCUGCUCUGGGGUGUAUGGACAGUUCCCUUCGAGACCGCCUGCUCACAGAGGGAGCUUGUCGCUUGCAUGACUUCCAUCCAAAGCAUGCGAAGAUGUUGCUGGCCGCGCUGCAGCAGCAACAACCGUGGGAAGCGGAGGGAUCCGACUUGCACUGCGAAGGCGAGGAGGGGUCGAUCCAUUACUUAGGGGAGUCCAAGCUGCUUCAACGACACAUUGAAGGUUCAGCAGAGGUGUUGCAAGCUCUGGCUGCGCGCGCAUCUGAAUCUACGCAUCAGGCCUCUCCUCCGUGA